AUGGCAGCAGCAUCCUUGAAAAAGCUCUUCUCUUUUCUACAAAUUUAUUUUGCCUUGAUGACAUUUGUUGAUUUGACCAAACAUCGCAGGGAGCAGUUCAGAACCACCAUGACCAUGAUGUCAUUAAGUAUACUGCUUGGAGUUCUCGCAGCUUGUAUUUCUCUGACAGCAGAUGCAACUGCAAGUGUAACAGCUUGCACAGGCCAAGCAGAAAUAUUAAUGGAGACUGAUUAUGUGCCCUUUGAUCAGAAGGAAAAAUUGGAAUUGACUAAACACUUAAGUUGCACGUCAUCAAAUAUGAAUAUUACUUAUGCUAUAAGCACUUGGAUGAAUGGAACAUUUAUGGUUUGUGCUUGCGAUACGAAGAUAUAUGGAGGGUACUGUGUUGAGAUAAACAAUGGUUCAGAACUUAUAAUUCAGGCCAAUCAAGCAGCAAUUGAAUGUUAUAUUUUUAAUUGUUAUAUAUAA